CAACACAACAGACACGUCCUAACCUAAGUUCACUUUAUUAAAGUUUGUUUAGCUCGUAAACUUCGUAAGUUUUGACGAUAUACACAAACCAAAAUCAAUUAUGUCUCUGAAAAACGUUAAGAAGAAAGUGACGCAAACAGAUUUGCGUCGAGUUAUGAAUGAGCAUAAAAAGAAGCUGACCACGGUCACGAGAAUCGAAUCACCGAUCGCAAAGUACACAGAUUCGGGUCAGCUGAUAUGCAUACUCUGCAAAACAAUGGUGCGCACCGAAGCGGUAUGGAAUAUCCACCUGAACUCCAAGGCUCACAAAGAAAACAUCAGUCUCGCCAAAAAGGAACAUUCCGAGCCUCCCAAACCUGCUCCGAUCGUUCCGCACAGUUUUAAACGGCCUACAUCUUCUGCGAGCGUGGAAGUACCGAACAAAAAACUAAAGAGUAUUUUGAAAAAUGGCCCUGCAGUGCCAUCGGCAUUGCCAGACGAUUUCUUCGACAAAACAUCCGCAACUCAACCUCAUCGUAAUGUUCAGGCGGCCAAAAUUGAGGUGACGAAGGAAUCGGCGGAAAGUGAGGAUGUCGAGAUGGAAGAGAAGGAGGAGGAAAAGGAUCUCAGUCAGGCUCAGCUUCCGGAAGGCUUUUUCGACGAUCCUAUCAUGGACGCUAAGGUAAGAAACGUCGAGUACAAAGACCCGAUUGAAGAAGAGUGGGAAAAGUUUCAAAAAGAGAUUAAAGAGGAAGCUGCACAGUCGGCUCAGAUCAUAGCUGAUGAUCAGGAGGAAGCGACGACCGAGAGGCAAUUGGACGAAAUAGAAGAACAGAUGCGACACUGGUCCAGAGUCCUAGAGCUGGAACGGCGCAGGGAAGAAGUGCUGGAGCAUGUCGAAAGAAAGAGCGCAGCUGUAGAGGAGGAAGUUUCCAGCGGAGACGAGGCUGAGUUCGACGAGUUCCUCGAUUGGCGGGCUAAAAAAUCAUACAAGUAAUGAAUAAACUUGUAACGACAUCGCGGAGUGUACAUUAUUUAUUUCAUCUGUAAAUACUCUCGUUGAUUUAUUUGUCUGUUUGUUGUACGUGCGAAAUUCCCGUUGCUUUGGUACGAUAAACAAUUCCCAACUUGUAUAGAAAUUAAGUCUGAAUAAUCUGAUACGAAAGGAAUAAAUUUUGAUAAAACAGUUUGGAGGAAUCGAACUGGCCAAUUCCUACUCAGUAU